CACCUCGAGAACUAUUUAUGUUGCAAGAAAUUGAAAUUUUAUUUACACGUACGUGAUCGCUUCGAUGAGGAAAGAGUUAUCUUAAAUUUUUGACCGUCCACUGUACAGCCAUGAACAAAGUAGAGUUUGCUGUCUGUCGAAUCAAAGAAAAGCUUCCCGGGAAUCAAGGUUUUGCGACAAAGGGAAGUGGCUGUGUUGUUCACAGUGAGUCGCUUACUUCUUCGUGGGGUUGGAAAUGCCAUUAUUUCAUUGUCACUCCAAGCGUCGUGCUGUGUCGGGAAGAUCUAGCUUCAAACAAGGUCUUUUUGGCAGAAUUCCUGAGCAAAGAUAAACGAGGACUAGAAACUUUUGAGAUUAAGCAAAUGGCCGAAGUUUGCAAGGAUGUUGUUGGUCGGCGUUUGGAUAGUGCUGACCUCGAUCUAUAUCUGACCUUUUUAUCUGUAGAACCGUUAGACAAGCGUGGAUUUCUGAAAAGAAUGGUCAAGAAAGGCAGUUUGCAAACCUACCGACCACUGGAAAGCCUGGAAUCCGAAAAUAAAACGAUAGAAGAACUCACUGAAGGAUUAUUUUGCCAUGUCAUCGUUGACCUUUUUAGUGAUCAAGAAGCGACAAACUCGCCAUUCACAACUCAAACUUACAAACUCGUUUAUGAUUUCCAGACUCGCGAGUUUAGCCUUCAAGACUUUGGCGGAACGUUGAUACAUUUCAACAACGAAAUACCUCCAAUUGGCGCUGUCGUUUUCACCAAGAAAGGUGAAUUCGCCGGUCUCCUGCGGAACUUUUCAAGUGACUCGGUGACAGCGAUCUUUUUGCCGCAGCCCUUCAAAGCAGGUAUAAUUACCCUUUGCUCUGAAAAUCAGUGAUAUCGUGCGAUAAUUGUUUUGAAUCCGAGCCUGCCAUUUAAAUGAUUGUGUUUUAAGCUUCUUACAGUUUUAAUGACUUGUUUUGGAGUAAUCUUGCUUUAAUAUGUAUAACACACCGCAAUUAAAAUAUUGUGACUUGUGAUGUUAAUAGUCUUGGUCAGCAAUAUUAUCUAGAACUUUUCCGCAAUAUUUGCCAACAGAAACUUUAAGCGCUUAAGUUCCCCGAUUAAACCUUAUUUUUAGAGGUUUUGUGGUUAAGUUUGGAAUAAUUUCCUGCGUAUAAUGGUGCCCAUACAGCUGUAUUUUGCAGAACACUUAUUGGCUGAUUUAUGAUUUUAUGUAAACACACUGCCUUUCGUGAUGUUUUCAUAACCCACUGCGUUCACCAAUUUUUAUUCCCUGAGGGUACAUGAAGUGUGAAAGUUUAAAUGUUUUGAUUUCCUCUUUCUUCUUUGCCUUUCUUUUGCGACAUGCCAGGCUAUAAAAAAAUUCAAUAAAUAAAAAAUAACAAAAUUAUUCCAGCUAAAGGAAAUUGGAACCUCAACAUUCUAACCAACUUAGUAAAUUGUUUAUUCUGAACUUUGGAAUUAAUACAUUUUAAUAAUAAUAUUGAUUUUUGUUUUAGAGGAUGGUGAGAGAGAUGGCACAGCAUUAAGCACUAGAGAUGAAACAAGUGUUGAAAUUAAUGGAGAUGUAACAUCAGAAAUUACCUUGAAACAGGAAAUUCAACUUGAAUCCCAUUCUACCAAGUUAGUUGAUGACACCCCUCAUGCUGAAGGAUAUUCUGAAGAUGUUUUUCCACAGAAAAAUAGCAAUGUAUCACGACCUACUGAUAAUGAUGUUGACAGAGGGAACAAUAAUUAUCCUAACAGCGGGGAUGUUAUCCAAAAUGGAGGUGAUGAUAGAGCUGGGAGACAAGACAACAGUGGUGUGCUUGUGGUCAAGCAGUUUCAACAAUGUCCAGAAAAUCUUAUUCCUGGUAAUAGAGCUGAAAAUGUCGAAACUGAGAUGUUGUUAUUGUCUACAGACAACACAGUUGAAGUUAAAGAAUGUGAAGAGAAAGGUGGAUCAGGUUUUUUUGAUGAGACAGUGAACAAUAAUUAUUCUGAUGCAGUGGAAGAUAUCCAGAAAAAGGCAGGAGACUCUGGUGAGAAGCAAGUGAGCUGUGAUGGGCCAGGAAAAGCAUCUGUGGAGACAACAGUUCUGGAGGAGGGACAGGUACUUGUUUGCAAGACAGCCGAAGGUGAUGAUACAAUAAAAAGUGCAAGUGAUGUGCCAGAAAGGUUCUCUGAUGUAGAAGUAGAUCCUUACAUGGAGGAAGAACCUUUAGGCCAUCUUGAUAAGCAAGAGACUAGUGUACUGGUACAUGUUGGAGACCCUUGUUCACUUGAAAAUGGAUCAAGUGCCAUAGAGGAGCUUCCAGAUGAAUCCCACGGGGCGGUAAGAGCUGCUGAUUGUGAAGGCACCAUGUCAGACUCAACUGAGACUGCAACACAUGGUGGUGGAGUUGAAGUAGUAGAUGAAUCAACAUCCAGGGAGAGCAUCACAGGACAUGACAGCAGUUUAAUAACUGUCGUCCAAGGUAUCACUCUUUAGUCUUUGUUAUUCUUACAAAUUUCAGAAAAAUCAUGCAUGCAUUUAGCAGCAAAAUAAUAACCAGCAAUUAGGUAACAGUAUCCUCGCAAGGUACAGACAGUAUAUAGCAGAUGCGCAAAUGAUGACUUUCUUGUGUAGAAAAAUAAAUGUCUUCUAAGUGUCUUGUUCAAAUGAUUGUAUGACUGGUGGCAUGUGUGAUUUAGGCAGUUGCUAUUUCUUAAAUGGACGGAAGCUGUGUCCUUUGACUAUCCUGAGCGUAUUUCAUUACUGUCGAACAUUUAGUUGAGUACACCUCUGGUAAUCAAAGAGUUGAUCAUUUGUCCCUCCCGUUUUGUAGGUAAGAUCUGUUCUCAGGUGAAACCCCUAGUCAACCUAGCUUUCAUUUCGGAAUGUCCUUUGUUUCCAAGCUCUAAGAAUUAUUCAUAGGGGAUAAAGGAAUUUUGUUCUAUUGUGAGAAAAGAUUUUACCUACAUUAGAUACCUGACAUUAUCUGGUCAGUAGGGUGUCACCAUACAGGCUUAUUUCACUGUAAUAGUAAUCAAAGAUCAAUAAAUAGGCCACUUCCGAGUUACAAGAACCCUCAUUUUCAAAGGCUGAUCCCUUGUCCUCGUUUUGAUACAGAGGCCCGGGGAAACUCUGAAAUGGUGUAUUUAAUUUUCCUUAUUUUAAUCUAAUCUAUUGCUGCCCACCUAAACUUUUCCUCCCUCUGCUCUAUUUUUUCUGGAGAACCCUGGUAUCCCCCUACCCCCCUCCCCCUGGCUGUCAUUUGUCCAGGUUGAAAAAAUUCUCAGGUUAUGCUAGGGCAUCCACUACUCUUGAUAGAUUCAAGACAAAUUUGGUUACAUUCUCUUUCAUUUUUUUGCAUUAUGCUCUAGUAAUAUUUUUGUGAUUGCAAGGUAGUCACACAAUAUUUGGUUAGUUGUAGAAAAAGGAAUGAAAUUGGUUUUUCACGGUAUUGCUCUUUUGUAUGUGUUGAAACAUUAGUUACAUCAUUAUAUUGAUAACAAUGACUGAUGUUACUUUUAGUGGAUGGAACAUCUCUACCAGUGGAAACCAACAAAAGUAAAGAACAAGGAGAGCUUGAGGACUCUGAAACAAUUGUUUUAGAAAAGGUACCUUCAGAGAGUAAAGGUGUGUCUUCAGCAGAACAACCAGGCAUAUCUGGGGAACAGUCAACUGCAUGUUUUUCUGAUGAGGAUGAUGGACAGAUUACAGACCUCAAGAAAGAUACAUGUAUUCCUGCAGUUAAUCCAGGUGUCAUCUUUGAAGACAUGCAAGUGAGUGCAAACACAAAAACAGAAGGUGCAGGUGAAACAUAUUCUGCCCAGGUGCCCGUUAUCACUGUGGAGGCAAGUGACAUUGAUAAUCUGGUUGGUACAAAACCAGAAGAUUCAUGUGAGACAGAUUCUACUCAGAUGCCUGGUAACAUUGUUGAUAUUGAGCCAGGUGAUGUUUAUAAUCUGGUCUCUGUAAAGCCAGAAGAUGCGACUGAAACAGAUCCUACCCAGAUGCCUGGUAGCAGUGCUGUUGAUAUUGAGGCAGGUGACAUUGAUAAUCUGUUCGGUGCAAAGCCAGAAGAUGCAAGAGAAACAGAUCCCACCCAGAUGCCUGGUAGCAGCGCUGUUGAUAUUGAGGCAGGUGACAUUGAUAAUCUGGUUGGCGCAAAGCCAGAAGAUACAAGUGAAACAGAUCCUACCCAGAUGCCUGCUGGUAGCAUUGUUGAUAUUGAGACAGGUGAUGUUGAUAAUCUGGUCGGUGCAAAGCCAGAAGAUGCACAAGAAACAGAUCCUACCCAGAUGCCUGGUAGCAGCGCUGUUGAUAUUGAGGCAGGCGACAUUGAUAAUCUGGUCGGUGCAAAGCCAGAAGAUACAAGUGAAACAGAUCCUACCCAGAUGCCUGCUGGUAGCAUUGUUGAUAUUAAAGCAGGUGACAUUGAUAAUCUGGUCAGUGCAAAGCCAGGAGUUUCAAAUAUCAUGGAUAUUGGGUCAGGUGAUGUUGACAAUCUGGUCAUUGCAAAGCCAGAAGAUGCAAGUGAAACAGAUUCUACCCAGAUGGCUGGCAGCACUAACAUAGCUAUGUGUAUUGAAACAAGUGAACAGGUAUCUGGUGAGUUGGAAUUAGUCACACAGGGCAACCAAGAAUUUACUCGCGUUUCUGAAGUGACAGUCAAUACCUCACAUGACAGUUUGAAUGUUUCUGUUUGUAAUACUUCUGCAAUUGAGGAUAUUACUGAAAUAGGUUUAAAAGAUGAUGGUAAUUUGAAAGAGGACAGUUGCAGCCGUGAAAGUGUACUUGAAAAUACAAAUGGAAAGGGUUCUUUAAUUGACACUUCACAAAUCAUAGAAAGAAAUGGUAGUAGACAACCUUUGCAUGAAAAUGAAGUUGAAGAUGUAGCUGACACUGAUGAUUACAAUCUGAAAGGAGAUAAUCAGGGCCAUGAUGAUGUGGACACAAAUCUUCAUGAGAAAGAUAAUUCAAUUGACGUUUCACAAACAGCAGAAUCAAACAGUUUUGGAGAAUUAAAUGGCCAACUUGGAGAACCCUGUGUGGUUGAGAAUGACGUGAGACCACAUGAGGAUUCGAUUGAUAGUGAUGGUAAAAAUAAUGUGGAAAAUGCAUCUAAUGAGACUAAAAAUGUAGGUGAACAAUAUGAACUUGCAAAUAUUACGGAACAGUGUUCUCAGAAGUUAAACAGUAUUCAAACCAGAGAAGAUAAUGAGAAAGUUGUGAUGCAUGAAGAAGUAAAUAACAAAGUAACUGAACAUGAACGUGACAUUACAGAAACAACUGGAGUCAGUGAGGAAUAUGCUGACAAAGAGAGGAUUUCAUUUAAAAAGACAUCUACUGAAUAUAAUGACAACCAUGCAAAUAAGGAAUUCCUUGAGGAUUCAUCACCAUCUGAGGAUACUGUUGCUGUGCAAAGAGUAGAUGCAGGUAUUGAGAAUAAAUUACAUUUGUACUUAAAUGCACUCCACUCCAGUAUAACCUUGAAAGAAGACAUUUUAUUUACCGGUAGUUAGUUUUAGGUAAAUUCUUUGGCCACCAAGGGCUGCUUGAGCACUGCCCUGAGUUAAUAGAGAAUGCACCCAGUCUUAAAAACACAGAGAUAUACCAAAAUUCGAAGACCCUUUUUAUGGAGGAAUUAUGUGACGGUCAUUUUCCAAAAUUUUAUCCAGACUGGUCCAAGGGCUAGACAACUUGGAGUUGAAAACACUGCCUUAAUCGCAAGAAAAUUCAGUUAUUCAGGUGCAAAUAUUCCAUGUGAAAAGCAGGUUUAAUUCCAGCUUUAGUUCCAGCAGUCUAAACGUACAUUACAUACAUGUAUUUCGGUUUUAUCAUUGCAUUGGAACAAUAUUGUUUUUUUCUUAGCAUGUACUGACAAUGAAUUGAGCAAACAAGAAUAUAAGUUGAUCAUUAGUUAUGAAUGUUCUUUCAGAUGCUCUUCUUUCUGAAACUAUUACAAACAGCCCCCACAUUCUGAGAGAUUUAGGAUCCUGUUUAGAUACUGAAUACCAGUAUGGUAAGGUACCAUGUUGGAGAGACCUGGCACAACUUUUGGCCAUUUCUCCAGAGGACUAUGAAGAUUGCACCACCUUCUCACUGACAAGCCCAACUGAGGAUUUGUUCAUGUUCCUGUCAGCAACAAAACCUCAACUUACAAUUCAGGAAAUUAAGGAGGCACUGAAAGAAAUCGACAGGCUUGAUGUGGCUCAUCUUCUUGAUAGGAAGAUUGCAGGUUGGUCUCUUGAGUGAAAACAAAGAAAGCAGAAAUAAUAAGACUCAGUCACUGAGGAUCAUAAAAAAUUUACCUGGUUUCCAAAGACACAAUUAUCAUGAAUGAACCUGCACAUAUUUUUUUGUAGAGGAGUGACCCAAAGUCUGCCAAUAGCUAAUCAUUAUUUUACACCCUUCCUGCACACAUUAUUUCCUAGUAACAUCAACCACCUGGAUCCUUCCAUGUAAUCCUUCAGACCCAGUGGUAGCAAUUUCAGUUUUGAGGCAUGUAGGUCUUCACUUGGCCAUGAAAUAAAAAUAUUUUUUGGUCUGAUGGCUUCACUUGGGAAUAGUCUGGACCCCAUUCCCCUUGAUCCACCACAGGGUGGCCAGGCGAACAUUCUUACUGACGCAGUAUUAGAAUAGACACAUAUCUGUUGUAAGACUCAUGAUACGACUAAUUAGGCCCUUUACAGAACAAUAUUUUUUGUCACAUGCUUGGAUACCGGUCGGCAACAGUGGAUGGCAAGUCAUGUAAGUGUUCAUUCAGAUCACAAAGCUUUGAGUGUCAUCCAUUGAAGUAUUCCUAGUUUAAUUAUUCUGUUGAAGACUUAAAAGACGUUUAAAUUAACGUAGAAAAGCUUCGCCUGAUUGUACUCAAAGCUUUGUGAGCCAUUGCUAACUGGUAUCCAAGCACUUUACAAAGUUCUAGGAAGGGCCUAUUUUCUCUGCGGCUUCUGAUUACUGGCUGAGUGGGCCUUGUUUCAUAAAACCAUUUAACGCUAAUUUAAUCUUUUUUCUUUUUGUGAUGGCCUACGGUUAACUGACAGUUAAUUGGAAACUUAUGUUAAACAUGUUAAAAGGACAUCUAUUACGCCUCAAGAAACAUUUUCAAAGACAUUUUUUUGUGUGUCAGGAGUUGACUUAUUCAAUCAAUUUGUUAAUUUUUGUUAUUGUAACAAGCGGUGAUGAUUCUUUUAUUGCUAGGUGGUCUCAUCAGGGAAGAAAGUAUUCUUGGCAAUCUGGUUGAGAGAGAUGACACUGGUAUUCUGGGCCGCAUGGCAAUGAAACUUGACAGAACGAAGACAAACAACUGGAAAGAUCUUGCACUUCAACUGUGUGUACCACCCCGUGUGCUGAGGAACUUUGGGUCUCAUCAGGGGCAUAAUCCAGCCUUAAUGUUGUUCAAGUAUAUUCCAAUAUUUGAUCCAGAUGUGACACUGGAUCACCUUAAAGGCUGUCUGACCUCAAUUGGAAGACAAGAUGCUGUUGCAGUUUUAGAAAAAGCCAGCAUACCAGGUACUUCAAACAAGUAAACUUUUGUUUCAUAUUGAAUAGGACAAAACAAAUCAAUUCUAGUCAUUGCUUUUGACUUAUGUGUGAGCCUGCACCACAGACAGAACUAAAAUUCUCUCAGUCCAUCUGCCAAACAGUACUAAAAUCCUUGUUUUGGGCCCCUACCUGUGUACCAGGGUUUGAGUACGUGCAAUGAUUGGCCUUUAGAAAAAGCCAGUGUCAAUUUGCCAAUCUGGUUUAAGGGAAAUUCAAUACACAUUUCCGUUUGGUGCCCAGAACAAGGAUAUCGGAUUCAGUCUACUUCAAAGACGUUACUAACCGGCAUGAGAUUGUUUUCAGGUAAUGGAAAUUAAGGAAUCUUUAAGGAUUCCUUCUUGCUGACUGUUUGUUUUGCAUUUGAAGGAGAUGAGCCUGUCAAAGACAUUCUCGAUGAUUCAGAUCUACUUGAUCGAAUAACCGACAUGUUGAAUGAUGACUCUACCCAUCAUUGGAGACACCUUGCGAGGGCACUCAAUAUUCCACCUGAAAAAUGCAAGAUCUUUGAACCAACAGAAGACAAUAACAGUCCGACCAAAUUGUUGUUCAAAAGCAUUGAGAAGUGCGAGCCAGAUUUGACAUUUGAAGAACUUGUACUAGCCCUUGUAGCUAUGAAAAGACAAGAUGUCUUAGAUGUCCUUCAAAAAUAUUUUUCAAGUAAGUUCAAUUUUCUAGUUUGAAACCCUAUGCAUGAGUGCCGGGUACUUUCACAGGCAGGUUAUCAGUAAAACUUAGUACUCUUUUUACUUUUAUGUGGAAUUUAUUUUGUUUUACGUCACAAAUAACAGGCCUUUUUAUGGAAACAUUUGUUUCUGGUAGUUAUUAGACUGCAAAACAGUCCGUAUUUUUGCGUAUUCAAGCACGCGCGAGCAGUCAAACAAAAGGUCUGGAACGAGGUUGAAAACAGAGAGCGAGACUGGGGAGAGACGCUAAAAAUACUCUUCGCGCCACGCCUUACCGAUUUCUUUACUGAUUUUGAGAAAAAAACCGACUGGUUUGCAGGCUAGGUAGUUAUCUUCAAGUUGAAAUUAUUGCUUUAACCCCUCUAAGUCGAUUGAUCCUUCAUCGUCACUUUAUAAUGAAGCGUAAAUAUCAUGAAAAUGAUGGAAGUGAUCAUCAAAGAUAAUUAGACUACGAGUAGAUCCCCAUUUUUCCUCAGGGAUAGUAGAGCGGGCGAAACGCGAGCGCGCGUGGAAAUCACCCCACGCGAGAAAGGCGAGACGCGGUGGAGAGAGAGAAAAUGCCGCGUGUCGCCUUUUCUCGCGUGGGCUGAUUUUCACGAGCGCUCGAUAGACCAUUCGAUAGAUUUCACCAAUAUAUCAUGACUAGGAAAAAUUCUAGACUCUGUCCCAGCAGUCAUUUCGAUUUGUAAAGUUGGGAUGGAGGACGGGAAGGAGGAGGAACUGAAGUAAGGUAAAUAGAGGACUGGUAUCUAGCUUAAACUUUUGCUGACUGAUUGCUAUCAUUCCCAUUGGUCAAAAUUUAUUUAUUGGUGACCAUCGAGCAAACGUGAAACAGGUUGCUGGACAAAAUUUAAAAGGUUCCAAAUUUCUUUGACUCCUUUCUGGCUAGAUGAUUGGGGUUGUCUUCUCCUUAGUGGGCAAAAUCUUCGUGCUCAAGCCUACAAAAUCUGGUGCAAGUGGAAAACUGUAAAAUCCCCGAUCGUCUGGGAUUUUCCUUAAUGCCAAGCAUAAAGUGUUUAGGCAGCGACGGACACUCUAUUGGCUCAACUAACAGAUGCAUUGUUAGUUUUCGUUGUUUGAGUUCCAUUGAUCCAGUGAUCUUUUUAUUAUAUCAAGUGUACAUGUUGAUAAUAAGACUAUGUUUGUACACCAGGUGAUGACAUUGAUCAGAUUUUGGAAGAGAACAAUCUCCUUACACCAGCAGAAGAUCCGUUAGUGAACCAGAAGGAAAUCUAG